AUAGAACCGGAAGUUGAUCCCAGUUGCAGAGGAGCGAGAGAGCCGAAGCUUUAUUUGAAAAACAGAGUGGAGGAAAGUAAUGGUGGAGGUGAAUUUUUAUUUAAGUCAAGAUCGGAGCGAGAGUAUGUGGAACUGGGGUUUAAAUCUCUGGGAGAAAAUGAGUGGACGUGAUCUCCGUGGAAACUGUAUUUUGUCUAAUCUGGAUUUCCAUUCUACACUGGCAUUGAUGACUUUUGUAAAUUCAUUUGACAUGGGAUUGCAAGGAAGGAGCGCGAGGCUCAAACGAAACAUGGUAUCAGGAUCUGACUGAAUCAUUCUAUCUGUGCUAAAAUACUUAAACAUCAACGUGACUGGAAAAGCACUGAAACACCCUAGAGUGAGAGUGUUCCCGUGAAGUGAAUGAGUUUGCAACAGUUAUGCAGCCCGAAAUAAAUUGUGCAGUUUUCAGUAAGCAGAAACUGUACAGAUGUUUUGCUUGUGUGCAGAGACAAGGCUUCAAUUAAUUAUCCACCCUGCAGAGUCACAAGGAUAUCUACCUGGUGGAGAACUGUGUGCAUAUGGAGAGUGUGGAAAGUGAUUCAAUUACCCUUUGAAUUGAUAUUCAUCAGCGCAGACACACUGGAGAGAAACCAUUCAUGUCUCCUAAGUGUGGGGAAAAUAUUUGCUUACUCAUCCAUCCUCUAUAUAUAUCAAAUGGUACGCACUUGUAAGAGACAUUUUGCCAUUGUUGAAUGUCAGGAACGAUCUGAUGCUUCAUCAAACCUCCUGAUCAGGUUCAUUUCGACCAGAGACCUUUUAAAUGUUCUGACUGUGAGAGCAACUUUAAAAGCAAACAGGAGCUGCUGAGACAUCAACACAGUAGUGACAACUCUCACUUGCUGCAUUUGUGGAAAGGCAUUCAGUCUGUCAUCCCAACUUCUGACACACCAACUUGUUCGCACUGAUCAGUGACCUUGUCCGUGUUCUGACUGUGGAAAAUGUUUCAAAACUGAAAAUGAUUUGCAAAUCCAUCAACUCAUUCUCUGGAGAGGGCCAGUCAUCUGAUCCCUGUGUGAGAGUAGAAUCAGGUGUUUAUCAGCAGGUUCACACUGAUAAAAGACCUUCAAAUUGUCCAGUUUGUGAGAAAGGCUUUAAAAGCAAACAAGAUCUGUUAACACAGCAGUGAGUUGACACUGGGGAGAGACCAGUCACUUGCUACUUGGAAGGAAUUCACUCGCUCAUCCUACUGUCUUGAGACACCAGCGAGCUCACACUGGAAAGAGCCAUUCAUCUUUUUGUGUGUGGAAAAGGAUUCACUGAUUCACCCUGUCUCCUGAUACAGCAGCAAAUUCACACUGGAGAGACUGUUCAUUUGCUCCAUAUGUGGGAAGAGAUUCGCUCAGCCAUCCCAGCUCAUUGACUACCAACUGGUUCACAGUGAUCAAAGACAUUCCAAAUGUACUGACUGUGGGGAAAAAAAGCCUUAACAGCAUAAAGUAUCUGGUCACAUACCACUGAGUUCACACUGGGUGAAGCCAUUCACCUGUUCUGAGAGCAGGAAGGAAUUCAGUCAGUCAUCCCUCCUACUGAGCCAUCAGCAGCUUCACGUAAGAGAGAGAUUAUGCAUUUGCUCCAAGUGUGGGAAGAGAUUUGCUCAAUCAUCCAACUUGUUGAGAAAUCAACACAUCCACAAGUGAUUGCUGGGUCAGAUUCUGCAGUUGCAAUCAUAUCCAGCACUGGAUCACAUCCAGAACUGAGCCAAGGUCAUUAUGACAGGAACUAAGAAACAAAAGAUGUGCUUGGAGCAGAUGUGCUGCCGACUGAAGGAAACAAAACACAGGACAGUGUUUGAGUGCCAAAAUUGUGGAACUCGAUGCUGAGUCCAGGAAGCUAGAAAGUGUGGAGGAAGGAAGAGAUGCCGGACAAGGAGAGCGGGCGGGGGGCCAAGGAGGGAGCGAGGCUGGAGGAGGGUGAGGCCGGGAUGACGGAGGACACUGAGGGCUGGCUGGAGAUGCCAUCCUCGUACGCGGAGACUCUGAGCACCUUCUGCAGCAUGACCACCAUCCACGGGGCGGUGAGGCUGAUCUGUACAGAGGGCAAUCGGAUGAAGACCAGCCUGUGGGCAGCCAUCCUGGCACUCACGCUGGGUGCCAUGUACUGGCAGAUCGGUCUCAUCUGCCGGCAGUACCUCCAGUUCCCGGUUCAAAUCUCCUUGUCGAUUCACAGUGGCAACAUACAGUUCCCCACUGUCACCGUCUGUACUCUCAACCCAUACCGGUACAAGGAGGUAAGCGCAGAUCUGAGGGAGCUGGACCUUUUGACCCAAGAGGCUCUAUUCGUCCUGUAUGGCUACAGGGCCCCCGGGGAUGAAGCUCCCACACCACCCACCCAGCGCCCCCGGGCGGCCAUCCCACGGCGCCUGGGCUUGCGGCUGAUCAACCCUGAGGGGCGGCGCGGUUCGCCAGCCCUGGAGAUCAGGCCCCGACGAGGGAGAGGUGGCGGCGAGGGGGAUGCCUGGGCCCACAGCCCGCCUCUGGCCCGCAACAGCUCCUGGAAGAUCGGCUUCGAGCUGUGCAAUUCCACUGGUGGAGACUGCUUUUACAACUGGCACUCGUCCGGCGUGGAUGCCCUGAGGGAAUGGUACACCUUUCACUACGUGAACCUUAUGGCACAUAUCUCCCUCGCUGCAUCUCCCUUGGACGAGGCGAAGAUGGGAGAGUUCGUCCAGGAUUGUCGGUUCAAUGGCUUCGCCUGUAGGGAGAGUUUCGACAAGUCCUUUCACCAUCCAGUUUAUGGAAACUGUUACACCUUCAACGGGAUUAACAGCAGCUCCCAGUGGGAAUCCUCCAAGGCCGGUAAAGACCACGGUCUGUCCCUUGUGCUCAGGAUCGAACAGAACAAUUCCAUCCCCUUCCUGUCGACGGCGGCUGGAGCCCGGAUGAUGGUCCAUGAUCGGGGCCGCUCUCCCUUCAUGGAGGACGGUGGCUUUGAUAUUCGCCCGGGACUGGAGACCUCCGUCAGCAUGAGGAAGGAGGUGGUCUCUCGCCUCGGAGGGCCAUACAGUGACUGCACAGAGAACGGCUCUGAUGUCCGCGUUCGUAACCUCUACAAAUCCGACUACACCCAGCAGACCUGCGUCCGCUCUUGCUUCCAGCUCACCAUGGUGUCCCGCUGCGGCUGUGCCUACUAUUACUACCCGCUGCCCGCUGGGGCGGAGUACUGCAAUUACAACAAGCACAUUGCUUGGGGACACUGUUAUUACCGGUUGGCACAAGAAUUCACUGACGAUGUCCUCGGUUGCUUCAAAACCUGUCGGAAGCCGUGCAAGCAAACUGAGUAUCAAAUGACAGCUGGAUACGCAAACUGGCCGUCAAAAAAUUCAAUGAGCUGGAUGAAUCCUCUCUUCCAGAAAAAAAACCAUUCCACCCCCUCUAACAGCAGGAAGGAAUUGGCCAAACUGAACCUCUUCUUCCGUGAGCUGAACUACAAAUCGAUGAGGGAGACCCCAGCAAUGCCAGUGGCGCUUAUGCUCGCCAACUUGGGAAGCCAGUGGAGUCUCUGGCUUGGAUCUUCAGUCAUGUCUGUCCUGGAGAUGGUGGAGCUCGCCUUCGACCUCAUCGCCCUCGCCGCCAUCUUGCUUUGGACCCGCCCUCCAGGGCCAUCUGCCGAGGACACCGCCCAUCCCCCAGACCCUGUCCCUCAUGACCCCCCCUCAUUCUUAUAAACACCAACGAGUACGGACCUGACUUCUCCCUGACAAGACAGACAGUUCCCACAACCACCCCCCCCCCCACCCCCAGGAUCAGCUGAGUGGACCUUCUCUGGACUGCCUCCAAUGUAAGUCCAUAUAGUUUCACAGCCCGGGCCCCAAAACUGUUUGUGGUAUCCCAGCCUUGUAGAGCUUCAGCAAAACCUCUCCCUACCUUAUAUUCAAUUCCCUUGGAACCAACAGUCAAUCUGCCUUCUCAAUUCAGAGGCUGAACAUGGGCACUAGGUUUUGUGACUUUAUGUACCAGGACACCCCAAAAUACUCUGUCCCACAGCUUUCCACAGUCUUUCAUCUUCUAAAUAAUAUGCUGCUCCUCUAUUCUUCCGGUCAAAGUGCGGGACUCGUCAAACACUCUCCACCUCAAAAUGACUGGAGCGGGCAGCAGAUUUGGAGGGACAACAAUUUGAGGAUGAGGCACAAUGUGAUGCUGGGAUCAAAACUUGGCGAGUGAUAUUGUUUCACUGAGAGGUGGGAAGGGAAGAGAGAGAAAAAGAGGGGGAAGGGAAGAGCAGGGAUAGAGGGCCGGGAGAGAGAAAGGAAAAAGAA